AUGGUUGAACCUCUUCACCACAUCAGAAAAGAUAGUCCAAGAUUCCUUCAGAUAAAUUGCCAAUUACAGAUAGCCAAGUUGAUAGGGUUUUUGGGUCCAAGGUUAUCUUCUUCUCAGUACAGAAUGUUCUUAUUGAAAACUUAUUUCUAUGUGAUGUAUCUGAUUAAUUUGUUGUCUGACAGUUUCGUAGUUUGUAGUUUACUUCAACUUCUUAGAUUGUCUGCUAUAUUGGAAACUUUGUGUGCCAUAAUUUUGCUAUAUGUCUCUGAAGCAGAACUGCAUGCUCCUGGUCACUUUCUUCCUUUGGUCCAUGAGAUAUUUUCCUCUGUACAAUCAGUCUGUAGCAGUAGAUGGCAGCACACUCGGUGA